AUGGUUUUAGUAAAGAGCUUCGUGCUCGCCGGGCUAGCUGCCGCCGUAGCAGCCAAAUCGGCAGUCCUUGAUCUCAUCCCAUCCAACUUUGACAAUGUCGUGCUCAAGUCUGGCAAACCUACUCUUGUCGAGUUUUUUGCCCCCUGGUGCGGCCACUGCAAGAACCUUGCUCCCGUCUACGAAGAGUUAGCCCAGGUUUUCGCUACCUCUAAGGAUGUUCAGAUUGCCAAGGUAGACGCCGAUGCCGAAAGGUCCUUAGGCCAGAAGUAUGGUGUUCAAGGAUUCCCUACUCUCAAGUGGUUCGACGGCAAGAGUAACAAGCCAACCGACUACGAGGGCGGCCGGGAUCUCGAAAGUUUGACCAAGUUCAUCACCGACAAGACCGGCCUAAAGGCUAAGAAGAAGUUGGAGAUGCCUAGCCAGGUGAACAUGUUGACGGACACCACAUUCAAAGAGAUCGUUGGAAGCGAUAAGAACGUACUUGUUGCUUUCACUGCUCCUUGGUGCGGUCAUUGCAAGUCCUUAGCUCCUACCUGGGAGACCCUAGCCGAGGACUUCAUUAACGAGCCCAAUGUUGUAAUCGCCAAGGUUGAUGCCGAAGCUGACAACAGCAAAGCAACUGCUAGUGAGCAGGGCGUUUCUUCUUACCCGACUAUCAAGUUCUUCCCCAAGGGCUCUACCGAAGGCGAACCCUACUCUGGCGGCCGAAGCGAGAAAGACCUCGUUAGCUUCCUUAACGAGAAGACCGGUACUCACCGUGUCCCCGGCGGUGGCCUCGAUGCGACCGGAGGUACCAUCGACGCCCUGAACCACAUCGCAUUGAAGUAUGCUGCUGGUAGCGACAAGUUGGCCGACCUAGCCGCAGAGGCCAAGAAGGCUGCUGCUAGUUUGGCCGAAGAUGCGCAGUACAAGUAUGCGCAAUACUAUAUCAGAGUGUUUGACAAGCUGUCGCAGAACGAGGGCUAUGUUGCGAAGGAGUCGGCUCGUCUAGAUGGUAUUAUCAAGAAGGGCGGCCUGGCUCCUUCUAAGCUGGAUGAGUUCCAGAGUAAGACCAACAUCUUGAAGCAAUUUAUUAAGAAGGUUGAGGAGACGGUCACAGGUGACGAUGAGAAGGAAGAGCUAUAG